AUGAGUAAUAACAUAAAUAUACCAGCAGGUUUUCCCGACUCUUUACCUAUUUCUUCGGAAAGGUUAAACUUUAUAAAUCGUUUUAAAACUGAAAGGUUAGGCAACAUGCGUCCUUUCAAUGAGUUUUUUGAUAAAGAUAAGCUUUCUAAACCAAAAGGCAUGGGAGGAUUAAAUUUCAUUCGUAAAUUAGAGGAGCCACUUGUUUUUCAACAGUAUGUUUUAACUCCAAAACAAUUAUAUACUGGACUUAUUGCGGUUUCUAUUCCUCUUUUAUUUAUUUCAUCCGCUGGUUCAACUAUAUUUUGGAUCGUUGGGGCUUCUGCAACAAUGGUCUUGGGUCAUGCUUCAUUUCUUGAAUCGGGUGUCGAUAGCGGUUUUACAUCUGCCGCAAAUCAAGUGAAAUUAAUUAAAAGAAGUUUUACUAGUACAAAUAUUGUUAGAGCGGCCCAAGAAGAAAGUGGUAUUUCAACAGAAAUAGGUAAAUCUGUACAGCCAACAAGAAAACCUAUCGGCGGGUUCCGUGGAGGUCUAAUUGGAUUUUUAGUGGGUUUAACGAUUGCAGGAGGGGCAGGAUAUUAUUAUCUUUUAGAUGAAUAUCAUGUAGCAUCUAAUAUUUUAUUAAGUUCUGUUGAAGAACUUCAAAAAUCCACAAACAAGGUUCGUGAUUAUACUCAAAAAAUUGAUAGAAUUGAAUCGGAAUUGAAAGCCCUUCAAAAUAAUGCCGCUACAACAGAUCAGAUUAAAGAAUUAAGGGCCGAAAAUCGAAAAUUAUAUGAUGGGCUUAAUUUACAACAUUUUGAAUUAAAGGGUUACGUAUUUGGUAUAGGUGAGUGA